UUUAAGCAACUUUAAAAGAAAUGGCGACUACAAUGGUAGCUGGACAAGUUCAAAAUCUCAUUUCCAAUAUGUCAAACACCGAAAAAGUGUUUUGGUACGCAGAAGCCGUUAUUGCACAGAAGAGAAGACAGAAGGCGAUGUCCAAAUUGCCAUUCGUCCUCAAACCUCCAUACCAGUUCCAGAUGCCACGAAGACCAUCAAAUGGACCGUACAGGAUUCUUAAAUUGGUCCCAAGAGAUUCCGGAAUCCGCACCGAGUUCAAGAGAUCUAACCAGCAAGCAGCCAAGUGAUGGACUCAAUUUCGACUAUUUCCUGUUCCUGUUAAUUCCCGAAUUUUUCCUGUUAUUUUUCAUGUUCCUCCAUGGUUUCAAACCAAAAGUCGAUAUUUUUAUAGCCUUUAAUAAUUUAUUUUCAAAUGAAGAUGAUAUUUU